GUUCGGCUCUUGUAUGUCGGUAAUUUUAUGUAAACUCGGGACAGUUUUGCAGUAUCAUUCAUGCCUUAUAUAUACAUUUAGAGUUCAAUUGACCAUGUAAAUAUAACAAUCGUAGUAAAAAAAAUCUUAAAUUAAUUUUCGUCCUCAAAAUUAAAUAUUAUUGUUCCAAAUGAUACUUUUUUAUAAUUUUUAUCAAAUAAUUAAAUGAUAAAAUGACCUUAAACUCAAAUUAAAUUUUUUUAUCACGUGUGUAAAAAUGACAAGUAUAAAUAAAAGUUUGGUGUUUAAAAAUUAUUUAUUUGUUACGCCUUAUGACAUAAACGGAGUCAAAAAGAAUCUAAGGUGAUUGUGGAUCGACACUGUUGCAUUUCGUUCGUAAAGAAACGCACAAUUAAUUCCCUGGCAAUAUCAUCAGAGAAACACAAUGGAAGAUUCGCAGAGCCGAUACGAAAACCCAUCGGGUUUAAAACGAUCAUCGUAUCAUUAUCGAAGAUUUUCUGACUUAGUCCCAGCACGAGUGGUUUUAUAUAUGCUCUCAUUUUCUGGAUUCCUCGUAUCAUUUAUGAUGAGAACAGAUAUAAACAUUGCGAUAGUUGAGAUGGUUAAACUUCAACCCCUUGUUUCCAAGUCGGAAAUUCCCAGGGACUCAUAUUGUUACGAUAUACCAAAUGGAACUUUGUCAUUAAAUACCUCAACUGAUUCACACAAAACAACGGGUGAAUUCGAUUGGAGUCCAAAAAUACAGUCUGCGAUAACUGGAAGUUUUUACUGGUGUUAUAUCCUUUCACAAAUUGUUGGGGGUGUGCUUACUCAAUAUUUUGGAACUAAAACUGUUUUUGGUGGUUCACAAUUAAUUACUGCAAUAUGCAGUUUACUUAUACCUACCGCAGCAGAACUACAUUAUGGAGCAAUGAUAGCUCUAAGAAGUAUUCAAGGAAUCGCGAGUGGCUUAACCUGGCCAGCGAUGUAUGCGAUCGUGGGGCAUUGGAUCCCGCCAGUAGAGCGUUCACGUUUUAUGUCAUCGUUUCAAGGGUUCAGUUUCGGCAUCGGGUUGACGUACUUCCUGUGUGGGUUUCUCAUCGCCCAUUAUGGCUGGAGAGUUGUCUUCUACACAACUGGCAGUAUCGGAGUCUUCUGGUGCUUGCUGUGGUUUUUCUUCGCCUUCGACACACCAGCCUCUCAUCCAAGGAUAACUCAUCAGGAGCGACAGUAUAUUCAAGGCAGCGUUAGCCUUCAAGUUGGCAACACUGAGCAAGCGAUGCCAGUACCUUGGAAAUCUAUUUUGACUUCGUGGCCAGCAUGGGCUAUUGCUAUUACAACAUUUGGAAGAAUAUGGGUUCAUUAUGUGUUCAUUAUUCCCGGCCCAAUGUACAUGAAAACCGUCUUAGGCUUCAGCAUCCAAACUAAUGGAUUCCUGUCCGGAGCUCCGUUUAUUUGUAGUUACUUCAGUUCAGUUGUUUUCUGUUACAUUGCGGAUGUUCUUGUAACUAGACAAAUAAUGACUUUAACCAACGUACGAAAAAUGUUCACCGCCAUUUCUCAAGUUAUUCCUGGCUUACUAGUAUUACUGAUUGGUUACUUAGGCUGCAAUAUUAUUAUUGUUCUCAUAGUUUGGUUCAUUGCUGUAACAUUGAUUACAGCAGCUUACGCUGGUGCGAUGGCUAAUAUUGUCGAUAUCGCACCAAAUUUAGCUGGUCCAGUUUUAGCAUUCGCUCAAACGAUUCACAUGACUGCCAGUUUUUUAUCGCCGGCUGCAGCCGCUAUAUUUACCGACGAAGAUCAAACUCUAGAUGCCUGGAGAAACGUCUUUGGCCUCACUAGUGGUAUCGCAUGUGGUACUUAUAUUAUAUAUCAAAUAUUUGGAACAGCUGACAUUCAAUCGUGGAAUUAUCCAGAUCAAAAACGUCCUCAAAUAGUAGAUAACGACAUCGAGCCGUUGAAUGAUUCGAGUCUGAAAAAUGGUAAAAUUCUACCCAAGCAGAAUAACGAUCCAGAGCAACCGGAGUUAAUAAACGAAUACUCACACUAAAAUUUAUGUACUUGAAAAAUAAGACUUCGAUAUAUUUAAUAUAAUAUUUACUUUAGAAAAAAAUAACUUACAACACUGUCGAAUACUACGUAUUUAAAAGUAAAUGCAUUCGAUUGAGUGCGUAACUUUAAUUCCUGUUAUAUUGGCAGUUAGUAAGCUUGUAUUUAAUUGUAGAAAAGCAGAGUAUUUUUAUGAUAUGAAAAUCUCAGGUAAAAUUUUACCAAUUUAUAUAUUAUUAGGAUUAUAGAUCAUUUACUAAGUGGGCACAAUUGUACUCAAUUAAUAUAUAUGUAUGUAAAUAUAUAUAUAUUAGUAUUGAAUAGUCUAAAGUACUUUAAAAUUCGUCUUAAAAAAACAACCGUCACCUUGCAGAUCAGUUUCGUUCUUUUUCAAAAAAUAUAUUGACUUUAUUUGUCCGAAUAGUCAAACAAUUUUAGGCAUGUAUAUAAAAUAUAAUAUUAUAUAUAUUUUAUGGGUGAACCAUUCGAUACUCUCCAAAUUAUAUAUAAAUUUUUUUUUGAAUUAUCAUUUAUCACAAUGUUCUUAAACAAUAUUUUUUUAUGCACGACAUAGUUUUUAAAUCGAGUCUAAUUCCACAUAAAAAUAUUUUUUUAAAAAGGCCGUAACUUUAUCAAUUAGAAAAAAACAAAAACUUACCUACAAAAUCAUCAUUUUUAGAAAAUUAAGAAAUGUUUUUUUAUGUUCAAGAUAAUUCUUAAUAUCGACUACUUAUUUAAGAGUUCAAUCGAUAUAAUUAUUAUUUAAGAUAUGAAGUUGAAUCUAGUAGCCGUAAUAAGUAGCGGCCAGCAAUUUUUUGCGUGGCCGCUACUUAUUACGACCAUUAGUGCAAUAUUUUGCGUGGCCGCUACUUACUACGGCUACUAGCGGAAUCGUUUGCGUGGCUACUACUCAUUACGGCCACUACCGCAAUUUUUUGCGUGGCCGCUACUUAUUGUAACUACUAGCGCAAUCUUUUGCGUGGCUGCUACUUAUUACGGCCACUAGCUUCAGCUUCAUUAUUUAAAAUGUGAUUGAUUCACUUCUCUAUAAAAUGAUAGAAUCUCAGUAGAAAGAGAAAAACACUUUUUUUUUUUUUUGAUUAUAUUUUUAUUUUAUACAUUAAAUAAUAAUUAAUAACUCACUAGUUAAUAGUUACUUUGAAAGUAAAAUUAUUAAAAAUUUUUUAUAAAUAAAUAAUCAUAAAAUAAUUAGAAGUAAAAUAUAAAAAAAUUCCUGAGAAAUAAUUAUAGCAUGAAUUAAAACUUUUAAUACUAAAAUCCAACCUCAUAAAAUACUACUUUAAUAAUACGUUUCGUGAAAUUUGAAAAAAAAUAAAAGUUGUUAAAUUCAUAAUUAAAAUAAAUGUACUAUAUAAUGAGUACACGCUAAUGAAAUAAGAUAUGAAAAUAUAUUCAAGAUUAAACUUAUGAGUGCCUUGCUGUAAAAAUGACAAACAAUAUAAAUAACUGUUUAAGUAAUAAAUAAUUGAUCCUUAAUUUUUUGUAAAGACUCCUCGAUAGUUGCGAACAGUAAAAUUUAAAAAUAAACAAAGAUAUUGUAAUUAUAAUGUAAACGAAUGUAUAAUUAAUCAAAAACGCUAUAAAUAUGCGAAAUUUAUGUGAGUGUAAAACAAUGCGAUUAAAGAAAACAUAAAUAAAAUACGUUAUUACUUAUUUAUUCUAUCAAAUCAAUUUAAGU